AUGGAGGGUGAGGGUGAGACGCCUUACCAGCUGUUGUCGAACCGUAUCAGCCUCGACCUCCGCCUCGAUGCGAUGACGCACCACCGCCGCACCCGGCGCCCGGCGUCCCCUGCUCCCGCGGACUACCAGCAACAGCACCAUGGUAAGGAAGCCUUUUCGUGCAACUACUGCCAGCGAAAGUUCUUUAGCUCGCAGGCGCUCGGCGGCCACCAGAACGCCCACAAGAACGAGCGCGCCCUCGCCGACCGCACCCUCGCCAAGCGCAGACGCGACGCCUCUGCAGGCAUAAACGCCGCCGUCGCCGCCACGCCUUCCUCGCCGGCCGUCAUCCACAGCUGGCUCCACGGCGGCGGUGAUCUUUGGGCCUACGCUACUUCACCCGCGUCGAGCAUGGGCAUGGGUGGCUUGGCUGGCACUCGCCGCACCACGACGGCUGCCGGGGAGGACACGGCGGAGCUGGACUUGUCGCUCACAGCUGGCUCCACGACCGUCGCCCAUAGCUGGAUCAACGGCGGCGGUGAUAUUUGGGCCUACGCUACUUCACCCCCCACGAGCUUGAGCAUGGGCAUGGGCAUGGACGGCUGGGAUGGCACUCGCCUCACCACGACGGUCGGUGGGGAGACCACGGCGGAGAUGGACUUGUCGUUCAAGCUCUGCCUCUGA